ACGUAUUUAAAGAGAAACGUGACAGCUUGCCGGCAGAUUUCUGUUCGACUGCAGCUGAUAUUUACUUCCUGAGCGCGUUAGCUCUCUACGAGUGCUUUAUUGUGGUUUCGAACGAUUUGACUGAAUAUUUUUCGUGAUUGUGCUUACACAAGUUCCUGUAUUUUCAAACAAUUUGGCAGAAAUUUCUUCCUGAUAGUGUGUGCUGUUAGCGAGUUCUGCAUUGUGUUUUGGAACGAUUUGAGUGCUUAUUUUGACGUUCGCCAUGGCAUUCGCUUUGAUUCCUAGCCUGCUUGGAAGAGAUUGGUGGAACACAUGGGAUUAUCCACGAUACAUCGUAGACCAGUUCUUCGGAAAUCCUAUCUUCGAACAGGAUUUAAUGCAGCCUUCUCUAGUCCGUGGUUUCCUCGUUCGACCCCGUACGCAAGCCAGCAAGGACGCGUCUGGGAAAUCCGAGGUGAAAAAUGACGACAAACAGUUGGAGAUUGCCCUGAAUGUGUCCCAGUUCAAACCGGAGGAAUUGGAGGUGAAAAUUGUGAAUAACUUUAUUGUCAUCCAUGCCAAACACGAGGAAAAAAGUGACGAGCAUGGCUUCAUUUCGCGAGAAUUCACGCGCAAGUAUAUGUUGCCCACCGGUUGUGAAGAAGAAAAAGUAACGUCUUCACUUAGUCCUGAAGGAAUUUUGACCAUCAUCGCCCCUAAAAAAGCCAUUGAGGACAAACCUGCUGAAGAAAGAAAUGUUCCAAUUGCUCAAAGUGAUACCAAAGCUGUGGAAGGUGAGAAAUGAACUUUAUAAACUUUCUAGGAACUUUUCUUAAAUUUUUGUGGGCAGAUUUUGAACUUUAAAAUCAUGGAACUGCACAUUUCUUGAUUUGUUCUAAGCUGUAAAUGCUGAAAGUGCUCAUUGUGCCAUGUAGAAAUAUUUGGCUGCUAUGGUUAUCGUUGUGACUAAUCUUUAGUUCCUUUUUUUCUAAUGUGAUAAUUUUUUAAUAAAAGUA